GCAUAACCAUACACACACUUAUGAAUAUGACUUUUGGCACUGUGAGUUACAGCCAAGCAUUUUAUCUAAAGAAGACAACCAACCAAUAGCACCAACCAAUAUAGUAUUGCCAUAGUAUUGUCUUCAGCUCUCAAUUGCAUGCUUGUUGCUCCAUGGUAAACCCAAUGAUGCCCGCAUGCCACUGCUGGUGGUCACAUGACACACCUAGCUUAACUGUUACUUGCUGGUUCAGACCAACCGCCGUUUGGACAGUGAGUAGGAGAGAAUAGGAGUUUUUGAUCAGCGAUUGCUAAAUUUAUCCAAACCGUGAGUAAAAAUAAAAAACCGUAUAGGAGGAGUAGUAUAGGAGUAAAGAACAACAUGGAUUUGAGUGAGAGAAGGAGAUGUCCGGCUGGACAGGUAGUGAAAAGCUGCAUAGAAGGUAAGACCAACAAGGAUUGGAUCAAGGAGUCAGGAGAAAGAAAAUCAGAUGCAGCAAAUGAUAAAAAGAUUUGCAGAAAUGCACAGACAAGUCUGGAUAGGAGCAUUAAAAGGAGAUGGAGAGUAGAGAAACAGACAGAAAAUAAAGAGAAGACCAUUAAAAGGAUAAAAAAUGAAAAAAGACAGAUUGAAAAAGAAAGCCAGGCAGAGAAAACCAGUGAAGAUGAGAAGAUUAAAAGGAGAAGAUUUGAAGGAGGAGAUAUAGAAAAGGAAAGCCAGGCAGAGAAGAAGACCAAUGAAGAUAAAAUGAUUAAAAGGAGAAGAUUUGAAGAAGGAGAGAUAGAAAAGAAAAGCCAAGUAGAGAAGAAAACUAGUGAAGGUAAGAGCAUUAAAAAGAGAGCAGUUGAAGAAGGACAGUUACAAAAGGAAAGACAAGCAAAGAAAAAGUCUAGUAAGCUUGAGAGAAUUAAAACAAGUCAGGUUGCUAAAGACGAUAAAAAAAUCAAAGAAGACAACAGUAAAGAAAGAAAUUUAGAGCAAAAUGAAGGGAAUAGCAGAAGAUCAAGACCAGAAGACCUAUUAGAAGGUGGAAGCAUACAGAAGAGACCCCGUCUGGACAUUGAAAGACCUGCUCCCCUGGAUAGUAACAACUACAAGUUCCACACUGUACUGGGACAAGGAGGCUUUGGCCAGGUGAUGUUGGCUUCUUUUAGACCAAAUAAACAACUGGUAGCAAUUAAGAUCUUGAAGAAACAGAAGAACGACUGCUAUUCCAUCGCUAAAGAAGCUCGUGUAUUGAAGAUCAGCAGAGAAUGUGCAUUUUUAUGCCAUUCUUAUGCAACUUUUCAGUCAGAGCUUGAAGCCUUCUUUGUCCUGGAGUAUGCCAGUGGGAAAUCUUUAUGGCAAAUGAUUAUGCGUGAAGGAGGUCUGCCAAUGUCGACAAUCAUGUUCUACACAGCAGAGAUGGUGGUUGCCCUCCAGUUCCUGCAUUCUAAGGGAAUCAUUCAUCGUGAUCUGAAGCCAGACAACAUAUUAGUGGAUAAAGACGGCCACAUAAAGAUCUGCGACUUUGGCAUUGCAGAAGAGAACAUCUUUGGCCAGAGGAAGACCUACGGCUUAGCAGGAACCCCUGGAUAUCGGGCACCAGAGAUUCUAUUAAAGGAAGACUACAAUACAGCCGUGGAUUGGUGGUCUUUCGGGGUGACAAUGUAUGAAAUGGCCACAGGUGAAUUGCCAUAUUCAACAUCAGGCAGCAUUUUAAGGCAGCGAUAUAUGAUUUUGAACAAAACACCAAAAUAUCCAUGUUAUAUGAGCGAGGAAAUGCUGGACCUCCUGCCUAAGCUUUUGGAGAUUGAUAACACCAAACGAAUUGGACAGAAUGGGAACAUCAGGGAGCAUCCUUUCUACAGCACUAUCAACUGGGAUGAUCUGGAAAAUCGAAGACUGAAGACACCUUUUCAGCCAGAAAUGCCAUCUGCGGACGACUUAGAUGAAUAUCCGCUAACAUUCUCCCCUCAUAGUUGCAAUGAAAAGAAUUUGAAAGAUUUCUCGGAAGUUGAUCCCAACUGGAAUUGGCAGGAGUAAGGCAUUACCUCUGUUCUAACAUGGGAUACCAUCAUUAGUUGCUGCCUGUAACAACCUGAGGCCUUUAACAUCUGUGGCAAGCUGCACCCCUAAACAACCAAUCCACCUGUUGUACCAAACCUAAACCAUCUCCUGUGAAUGUCAACUGGUUCUACCAUCAAAGCCAGCACCAGACGGGAUCUCUGACUGUAGCUUCUAAAGGAUGGAAAAUAGGAAGGUACUAUGGUAAGGUUACAUCUUGAAUGAAAAUUGCUAAAUAAAAACAGGUUAACCCCACCCUCCCCCAAACAUCUGCCUCCCUCCUAUUCCCUUACCUGUGAUUAACCCCUAUCCUAAGUGGCCCACUCCAGUGGCAUAACUAUAAAGGAAGCAGACCCCAUGGCCGCGGGGGGCCCGGAUCUACUUCCUUUAUACUGUCUCCCUCCUACUCCCUACUCCCUUAUCCCUGAUUUGCCUCUUUUUUAAUCACUAAACCACACCCCAAACUUCAGUCUCUCUCUUAUUCUCUUACCCAUGAUUGACCCCUUUCCUAAGUGGGUCACACCAACAGCAUAACUAUAAAGGAAGCAGACCCUCUGGCCGCGGGGGGCCCGGAUCUGCUUCCUUUAUACUGUCUCCCUCCUACUCCCUUAUCCCUGAUUUGCCUCUUUUUUAAUCACUAAACCACACCCCAAACUUUAGUCUCUCUCUUAUUCUCUUACCCAUGAUUGACCCCUUUCCUAAGUGGCCCACUCCAGUGGCAUAACUAUAAAGGAAGCAGACCCCAUGGCCGCGGGGGCCCAGGUCUACUUCCUUUAUACUGUCUCCCUCCUACUCCCUACUCCCUUAUCCCUGAUUUGCCUCUUUUUUAAUCACUAAACCACACCCCAAACUUCAGUCUCUCUCUUAUUCUCUUACCCAUGAUUGACCCCUUUCCUAAGUGGGUCACACCAGCAGCAUAACUAUAAAGGAAGCAGACCCUCUGGCCGCGGGGGGCCCGGGUCUACUUCCUCUAUAUUGUCUCCUCCUACUCCCUUUCCUCUGAUUUCCUUCAUUCAUAAUCACUUCACAAUACCCCAAACAUCUGCCUUCCUCUUAUUCCCUUACCUGUGUAACCCCUUUUCUAAGCAGUGGUGUAACUAUGAAGGAAGCAGACCCCCUGGCCGCGGGGGGCCCAGGUCUACUUCCUCUGUACUUUCUCCCUUCUGCUCCCUUACCCUUGAUUUCCCUUCUUCCUAAUCUCUAAACAACACCCCAAACUUCUUUUUCUCCCUUAUUUCCUUACAUGGCAUAACUAUAAAGAAAGCAGACCCUGCGGCCGCGGGGGGCACUGGUCUACUUCCUCUAUACUGUGUCCUCCUUUUCCCUUUCCCCUGAUUUCCUUAUUUACAUUUCUCUCAAUCCCUUUCCCUAUUCCCAGCUUCUUUACCAUCCACUUUUAAUCCCUCCAGGUUUUCUUCCAUACCUUAACCCUAGCACUUCCCAUACCCAUGCCCUCUUUGUCCUCUCCCCAACUUCUCUCCCAACUCUUCUCUGUGAGUGUGUGUGCUCUAUGUAUUUGUGUGUGUGAUUGAGUGUAAGUCAGUUUAGUCAUUUGAAAUGCUCACCCAUUUGUUGAACAGGAGAACACUGAGAUAUAUUUCUUACUAUUAUCCACUAGUAUUUCUAGGUGCGUCUAGAGUCAUUUUACUUGCAGUCCAUAGCCAGUUCAGAGGUCACUGUAUUUGUAGAGCUUGCAUUAAUAGCGCAGCAGCUGCUGACUGUACUGCAGGUGAAAUUGGAUUAGAAGCACCUUCACAUGCCCCUGUGUGUAUCAUCCUUACUGUUCUCCUGUUCAAUGAAUCAGUUACCAGUGCCAGGAUAUUUUUAUAACCUGGUACUUUCCCAAAUGUAUGCCAAUACUGAACCAACCCAUAUGCCCUGAAGGUAGCAUUGUACUUACUGUACAAAGCUACUGGUUUUAGUAGAAUUAGGAAACCAUUGAUCCAGGGAUUAUACCGAUUGCCAUUUUGGAGUCAGGAAGGAAUUUUUUCCCCCUUCUGAAGCAAAUUAGAAGCUGCUUCAGACGGGGGUUUUUUUGCCUUCCUCUGGAUCAUCUAAAAAUUAGGUAGGAUUUGUUUCAGCAAAAGGUUGAAUUUGGACACCUUUUUUCAACCAAAAGAUCAAUGCCACACCUGGCUGAGAAAGCUCCCAUUCACUCCACGGUAUAAGUGCACUGACAGUCAUGGAACAGAUUUUGGUGUGAAAAUGUAUAUUUAUGCUUCUCUGCACCAAAAUCCACUCCGUGUGUAUCAAUGCACUUACACCAUGGAGCAAAUGGGAGCGGAUCUGCUUUUUCACAGCCUGGUGUGGCAUUAGCCUCACUACUAAGUAACUGUGUCAGUGCACAUAAGAUAAUUAAAAUCACCAUUAGAAUAUAAAUUAAACCAACUAAAAUAAAAUCUCCUAAAAACAAAGGGUACUAAACUGAAUCAAAUAGGAGGGGGUUCAGUGCUGGCUUUUUCAAGCCGGCAAUUGGCUACAUAUGAAUCUAGGAUUAGGGACUAUUCCAGCAAACCACAGCAAUUAUAUUAACUUUAAUAUACCAAUAGCUCACUAUGUGAUUUGCUUUAAUAUGCAUGUAUGUUGUAUGGCUUUGUGAGACGUAUGAGCAUUGUAAAAACAAACCCAAGAUAUUGAGGGCUGUGUCUGGCAUAAAAUGCAGGGAAGAGCUUGAUUAACCAAAACGCUGCCUAGGCACCACCUGUUUUGUACCCCCAAGUUUGAAUAAUUUGAUCAGCUAAAUAGGGACAUCAUUAGUCAUUCACCAGUAUUUAAAAUCUAAAAUCCUUACUUGUUAGGGGAGUAUUGCAGCAAACCAUAUGGUUAGCCAAACAGCAGAGGUAUAAAUCCCACGUGCUCUAUGCGUCUCAAUGUGAUUUUACAAAAUAGUCAAUGUUUGUGUGAUGAAAGUCAGUUUUGUGUCUGAAUGUGAACUUAAAAAAUCCCAGUGAAGAACUUUAGGGACUAAAUAGGGAAUCAUUGCAGCAAGUCAUAUGGUCAGCAAAUCAGUGAGGAUUUCAUCCUCCUUAUGCCUAUGAUUGCCAGCUGAUUUGCUCCAACAAAUAAAAUUAGCUAGCGUAUGUUUGAAUGAAAUCCAAUAUGUGUAUGUGGGAAUAUUUAGCUUGUGCCUCUCAGUCAUUACUGAGGAGGAAAGGUCCCAUGACGGUUUGUCACUCAGUGCUGGACCAGCUAGGGAACUAUUGCAGCAAAUUAUAGGGUGAGCCAUUUGCUGCAAUAAAUGGA